GAAACCCCUCCGACUGAGACGCGGGUGAAGAUUCGUCAGUAUUGCGGAUUUAAAUGCCUCUGUCCAAGGGCCACCGACCCGCUAUUUUGGUCAGGUUCGCGUGUGCGGUGCCUCGCGCUGUCACGAAUAAACGAUUCACAGGCUGUUGAACUAUCGGAAGAGACUCCAUCGGGUGGGUGAGCACAAUUUACAGCGAAGAGCGGGAUUUUGGUGUUAUUUCCAAGCAAUAUGGCUGGUGAGUGGGGCUGGGGACGCUGGCACAGGCUCUCCAAGGCUCCUAGAUGCUAGCGGAGGCAGGUGGCACCGUUCCCCAUGGAAGCGACAGCUCUAUGAGGACAAGCAAUAUCAAUAAUAAUCGAAAUCCGGACUCUUCAAUCCUAAUAUCCAAGAUGGUAGACGUUGUCAUCCCGUUCUCGUCCGAGGUGCCCUGCGACAAUAAUGGACAGCGCAUGUGGUGGGCUUUCCUUGCCUCCUCCAUGGUGACGUUUUUUGGGGGUCUCUUCAUCAUCCUGCUGUGGAGGACACUCAAAUAUAUGUGGACAGUUUGCUGCCACUGCAACGUCAAACCCAAGGAGGUUCAGAAGGUGGUCAUUCCCGUCCUCAAUCCGACAGCAGAUAGAUCAAAGGGCGAUGAGAAGGAGGGGUUCCCAAUCAUCGAGGUGGGAUGGAUGACUUCAGUCAAAGACUGGGCCGGCGUCAUGAUCUCCGCUCAGACACUCACUGGCCGAGUUCUGGUGGUGUCGGUCUUUGCGCUCAGCAUCGGGGCCCUUGGAAUAUACUUCAUAGACUCCUCAGAUCCAAUAGAAUCCUGCCAGCACUUCUACGAUGAUUUCACGUUACAAAUCGAUAUGGCCUUCAACGUCUUCUUCCUCCUGUAUUUUGGCUUGCGGUUCAUAGCAGCCAAUGAUAAGCUGUGGUUCUGGCUGGAGGUCAACUCAGUGGUCGACUUCUUCACUGUUCCUCCCGUGUUUGUUUCUGUUUACUUAAACAGAAGCUGGCUUGGCUUAAGAUUUCUCAGAGCACUAAGAUUGAUACAGUUUUCGGAAAUUCUUCAGUUUUUGAAUAUCCUGAAAACAAGCAACUCCAUUAAGCUAGUUAACCUGUGUUCCAUCUUCAUAAGCACAUGGCUCACAGCAGCUGGAUUCAUACAUUUGGUGGAAAACUCAGGGGAUCCUUGGGAAAACUUCCAGAAUUCCCAGCCACUUUCCUAUUGGGAAUGUGUCUACUUGUUGAUGGUGACAAUGUCUACAGUGGGCUACGGGGAUGUCUAUGCAAAAACCACCCUGGGGCGCCUGUUUAUGGUCUUCUUCAUCCUUGGUGGUUUGGCCAUGUUUGCCAGCUACGUCCCUGAAAUCAUAGAGUUAAUAGGAAACCGAAAGAAAUAUGGUGGUUCCUAUAGUGCGGUAAAUGGGAGAAAGCAUAUUGUGGUCUGUGGUCAUAUUACCCUCGAAAGUGUCUCCAACUUCCUCAAAGACUUCCUACACAAGGAUAGGGAUGAUGUCAAUGUUGAAAUUGUUUUUCUCCAUAAUAUUUCCCCUAAUCUUGAGCUGGAAGCCUUGUUCAAACGGCAUUUUACCCAAGUAGAGUUCUACCAGGGAUCUGUUCUCAACCCUCACGACCUCGCCAGAUUGAAGAUCGAGUCAGCAGAUGCCUGCUUAAUCCUAGCCAAUAAGUACUGUGCAGAUCCUGAUGCUGAAGAUGCCUCCAACAUCAUGAGGGUUAUUUCGAUUAAGAACUACCAUCCCAAGAUCCGAAUAAUUACACAGAUGCUACAGUACCACAACAAGGCCCAUCUGCUGAACAUUCCAAGCUGGAACUGGAGAGAGGGUGACGAUGCUAUCUGUCUGGCGGAGCUGAAGGCAGGCUUCAUUGCCCAGAGCUGUCUGGCUCAGGGCCUGUCCACCAUGCUAGCCAACCUCUUCUCUAUGAGGUCCUUCAUUGAGAUUGAGGAGGAUACAUGGCAGAAGUAUUACCUAGAAGGGGUGGCUAAUGAGAUGUACACAGAGUAUUUGUCCAGUGCCUUUGUCGGCCUCACCUUCCCCACUGUCUGUGAGCUGUGUUACGUGAAGUUGAAGCUGCUACUCAUUGCGAUCAAGUCGGAGCAAAGUGAAAGCAGCAUCCUCAUCAACCCGGGUAACCAUGUCAAGUUGAAGGAAGGAACGCUGGGCUUUUUCAUCGCCAGUGAUGCCAAGGAGGUGAAGAGAGCAUUUUUCUACUGCAAAGCUUGUCACGACGACAUCACAGACGCUAAGCGGAUCAAGAAGUGCGGCUGCAAACGACCAGCAGAUGGCGCUACAACACCAGGGAACAGUGGAAGUCAGAAAGAGGCUGGCGUUCGAUUCAAAGCUGAUUGCAAUUUAGUAAUGGAUGAAGUUAGACCGUCUUUUCAAAACCGAUCAGUUAAAACCACUGGCUGCAACUCCACCUCCACCACUACAAAUGCAUUCCUUCCCGACAACUUGCACCCCAACCAGGACCCCCUGUUCAACCCGGGCAAACGCAGCAUCCCCCUUGUUAAUAACCGUAAAGGAAGUCUGCUCCCCAUGGGGCCAGGGCCUGCGUCUGACCCCUCAAAACUGCGCUUCAGUAUCUCUGGUCCAGGAGACGUGGUUGCCAGAUCCCAGGCAGCAAGUCGACUGAACCGGGCCCGCAGUCUGCCGAUGAAAUACCGCUACCACCCCAGUAAUGCCAUGCUGCUCAGUCACAGUACGCACUUCGAAGACGAGCAUCCAUCCACUCUCUCGCCUAAAAAAAAGCAGCGCAACGGAGGGAUGCGAAACUCUCCCAACUCCUCGCCCAAAAUGAUGAGUCGACACGACCCCCUUCAAAUUCCUGGAAAUGAACAAAUCGAGAGCAUGGACAUGAGCGUGAAGAGGUAUGACUCGACAGGGAUGUUUCACUGGAGCCCAUCAAAAGACAUCGAAAAAGUAAUUCUGACCCGGAGUGAAGCCUCCAUGACAGUACUGAGCGGCCAUGUGGUGGUCUGUAUAUUUGGGGAUGUCACGUCUGCUCUGGUGGGGCUGCGAAACUUGGUGAUGCCUUUAAGAGCCAGCAAUUUCCAUUACCACGAGCUAAAGCCGAUUGUUUUUGUGGGCUCGCUGGAAUACCUGCGCAGAGAGUGGGAGACUUUACACAACUUCCCCAAGGUCUCCAUCUUACCUGGUACACCAUUAAGUCGGGCAGAUUUAAGGGCUGUCAACAUCAACCUCUGCGACAUGUGCGUAAUACUGUCAGCCAAUCAGAACAAUAUCGAAGAUACCUCACUGCAGGAUAAGGAAUGCAUCUUGGCCUCGCUCAACAUCAAAUCUAUGCAGUUUGAUGACAGCAUUGGGGUCUUACAGGCAAAUUCACAAGGUUUCACGCCUCCCGGAAUGGACAGGUCAUCUCCAGACAGCAGUCCGGUACAUGGCUUUGUGCGUCAGGCUUCUGUCACCACCGGAUCCAACAUCCCCAUCAUCACAGAACUAGUGAACGACUCAAACGUUCAGUUUCUGGACCAAGAUGAUGAUGACGACCCAGACACAGAGCUGUACCUCACUCAGCCGUUCGCCUGCGGCACCGCCUUUGCUGUCAGUGUACUCGACUCCCUGAUGAGUGCAACAUACUUCAAUGAUAACAUCCUCACGCUGAUUCGGACGCUGGUUACAGGCGGAGCCACACCAGAGCUGGAGGCCCUGUUAGCUGAGGAGAACGCACUCAGAGGCGGCUACAGCACACCUCAGACACUUGCAAAUAGAGACAGGUGUCGCGUUACCCAGCUAGCCCUCUACGAUGGACCAUUUGCCGACUUGGGGGACGGAGGAUGCUACGGGGAUUUAUUCUGUAAAGCACUGAAGACAUACAACAUGUUGUGUUUUGGAAUCUACAGAUUAAGAGAUGCUCACCUAAAUGAACCGAGCCCGUGUACAAAACGGUAUGUGAUCACGAACCCACCCUAUGAGUUUGAGCUCGUGCCUACAGACCUGAUCUUCUGCUUCAUGCAGUUUGACCACAAUGCAGGCCUGUCCAGGACAAACUUGUCCCACUCUUCCCAUUCCUCCCAUUCCUCCAGCAAAAAGAGCUCCUCCGUCCACUCAAUCCCGCCCUCCAACCGGCAGAACCGCAGUAGUAAUAAGACCCGAGAGUCCCGCGAUAAACAGAAAAAAGAAAUGGUUUACAGAUGAACCAGAAAAUGCCUACCCACGGAACAUUCAGAUCAAGCCCAUGAGCACUCACAUGGCUAACCAAGUCAACCAAUACAAAUCCACUAGUAGUCUGAUUCCGCCAAUCAGAGAAGUUGAAGAUGAAUGCUGAACAGAGAAAUGUCUUGCUGACUCACCAUACAUCUAUACACUCUUUCAAAAGAGAUGGGAGAUCACCCAUGGAGGAUUGAUGAUGAUGACGAUGAUGAUGACAGGGAUGUUAAAGACUGACACAUUUCUCUUCACUCAUUCUUCUAACCAAGGGUUGGACAGAAACCCAAAUUGGAAGGGACCUCCUAUGUGUAUACCUUUAAUGUUACUUACAUGCUCUUGGACAUUGUUUUAUUUAUUAAUGUAUCCAUAGUGAUGUACAUAAUGACAAUCAACUAAGGAUUGUACAGCCCCUUCCUCUUAGCACUUUUUGGAAUUAUUUUAAGAGUUGACAAAAAAAAAGAGUACUUCCUGUAAUUCUUUGCAAUAGUUCACCUCUUUUUGUGACCAGACUCCAUUGCUAAGGUGACUGGUUAUUGGCGGAUGAAGGUUGCAGCGAUAAAUGAUCAUAUCAUCUCCCAAAGAUCUACCCGGAUGCCUCACGUCAAACCAACUGGGUUCACCAACGUCAUAUCCCCCGUCUGCUUCUGUUCUAUUUGCACUAAAACUGGACAAGUUUCUUUUGACAGAACAACUGGAACCCUCAGAUUCUCUCCCGAUAAAAUGUCAUUGAGGAGGUGAAGGAUGGAGGAAGGAAAGAAGGAGGAAGGGCUGCUUCGUUUCCGAGGCAUACUAAUCUUCUUCUUCUAGGUUGCUAUAAAUCAUGUCAUUGCUUAACAUUUGCUACUUCACCGUCGACUCGUCAUGUUGAGUGAGAGCAUUCCAACCCUGCAGAACAAAGUCAUCCAGCAAAACAGUCGUCUAUAAACACAGACUAUGGCGCACUGCUGGUGUGUGCCGGCUGAAAGAGAACCCUGUACCUACAUGUCUUCUCAUAAUAUGCCAGAUCAUCAAGCCUGUGGCUCUGUUUUAAGCUCCUAUUGCAUGAUUUGUGCCUGAGCCACCUUUACAGAUACAGUGCUGUUGAUCAAGGAUGAAAAACAACUUACCCUGUCCUUCAUGUGUUCAGGAGCAUUUACGUUAUGUGCACGCUGUGUGUGUGUGUGUGUGUGUUUGUGUGUGUGUAGUGUGUUUGUGUGUGUGUGUGUGCGCGUGCGUGCAUGCGUGCAUCGCAGCCACGCAUCCUGAUCAGUGCUGCCAUCUGCUCCUUCGCCAUGUAUGUGAUGGUACACCUUUGAAGGAGCAGCAUGGGGGAUCUUUGCUCUAAAAGUGAAAGUCAUGGUAGAAAAAGAAACUGUCAAAAAAUCUACUGGGUUUGGAUCUAUAAACAGAAUAAUUAUGUUGCAUCAAAACCUCCAACUAUGAUUGAGCAAAGCUAACACAAACCGCAGCUGCGUGUCCGCUGUUGAUGCUUUGCCGUAAUAUCGGCCGCAGAAUUGUGGGAUCACAAAGAAGAGUGUUUUCUGAAUGUUUUGUCUGUUACAAAAAUGUCCUGUCUGAGUUUUUUUUUAAAGAGCCACAUGUUGCAUAAAAGUGGGCAAUAAUGGAGCCUCCAUUGAUCAAAGCAACUGCCUGGCAGAGGGCUGGCAAAGAGGCAAUAAGGAGCUUGGAUGUUCUCUGUUGUCAAUCCAGAUGUCACACGCCUCAAAACUCCCAGGAGUUAAGCUGCCGUGUUCGGUCCUCUAACGUGGGGACACGCUCAAACAUAGUUGGAUGAAAAUGUUACAAUGCCGCAGACUACUAAUAAGGAUACUGGAGAGGAACCAGUGUUCUUUAUGCUAGCCUGUGUGCAACGUCAACAUUGGUUUUGCACAUGUUUCUGCAGUGAUAGAUCCAAAUCCAUCUGUGAUGGAGGAGAGGAGGAUUGAGGUGGUAGCCUUGUUUUCCUAAUACAUAAACUUCAUGCAAAUAUGUUGUUGUAUUUAUACAUUUAUGCAUAACUAUUUUGUCUCCAUAAACACAAUUAUUUUUCUAGACAAGAACUAAGUGAAAGGUACUAUAUACAUACCUGCAAACUUGUCACCUUUCGGUGAAAUUCACCGUUUUUAACUCAAAAUAGGUCAUCCACGUGAAUCGUGGAGAUCCGAAGAGUUUUUGUUUUAGGGGGGAGGGGGGGGGGGUCACCUGGCCCGCUGCCCAGUGUUGCCAGGUCCGCGGUUUUCCCGCGGAAUUGGGCUACUUUUGAAGUGUUGCCGCGGGUUGAAUUUUUUGUCCGCUGGUUCGGGUAGACCUAUUUUGCAUGCAAAUUACAUGAAUAUCUUUAAAUAAAAAUCCAUAUUUAAAAUGAAAUAAUUUAUUUAUACCCAAAUCCUACCAAACUGACUCCAGAUCAGCACGUACACGCCGACACAUCCGCGCACACAGUUGAGCACACUCUCACUAGCACCCCCCCCCCCUCGACAACGCUCGCAGUGGGUCACUUUCCUAUCUCGGGGGCAUCAUGAAGGAGUUAUGGCCAUAUUUUGAGUUCUGAUAUUGGGCUGGUUUUAUUGGCCUUUGGGCUGGUUUUGAUUGGCCAUUGGGCUUGUUUUGUCACACAGACCUGGCAACCCUGCCGCUGCCGUUGAGAUUGCAGUGAGACGCGGAGAAAAGUGUGAAGUGGUGCUCUUCGCAAUAAAACAUCUUUGAUGGGACGUGUCGCGUCUCGGCCAAUCAGCGUUCAGAUGUCGACAUCGUUUGGGGGUUCAGGUUAGCUUGAAUGUUAGCCCGCUACAUCUACUGCUGUCACGCUGCACGGUGUAGCGAUGCUAACAAAGUACCCGUACGUUAAACACGAUGUGAUUUAGCAUAUUUUUAGUAUCGAUACUUCAUUAAGAGAGCGAUCAGAGCGCACGCGCUGCUCCGUGUCGAGCUGUCUGCGCACACUCGCUGCGCAGCGCUCACAGCGAGAGAAGAGGCGCAGCUUUAGAGACCGACUUCGGCUUAAAAAAUAAAAAGAUGCCAGAAGUGAAAUGUUUCAGUCUGUAAAGUUCUGUAACUCUACAGCUGCUCAUCCUGAUGAACUGUGUAUCAUCUGGUCAGAGACUAACGGCCUCAUAGUGUAUAAUCAAUGCUAUGAUGGAACCAUGUAGUUUCAUUCAUAUCUGGCUGUAUUAAUACUAAUAUUACUGACAUUUGUUAAGUGUUGAAAAAGUUGGUAAAAAGUGAACCAUA